AUGGUCAUAUACGGUAUGGCAAACUCGCUAAUCUGUUCCCUUAGGAGAAGGAGUUGGAGGGAGACAUCGGAUAACCGAGAGCUUGCGGACACAGAGCUUAUGUAUGUAGCAGCGGAAUCUGAGACUUCUGUCCUUUCAGCCAGCAGGCGUAAAUGCCGAUUAUUGGUGGCAAACCAAAGGGGAGCCCUCACACCAGCUUGUAUGUAA